CGGUAUUUAUUUUUCAUUAUACAAAAUUUAAAUAAUAAUAAUACUAAAAAAUUUAUUGAUGGAUAAUAAAUCUAUUCAAGUUUAUAAAAAAAAAAAAAAAACUUGAUGACAAAAUUAAAAAAAAUUCCAAUAAGGUAUUAAUUAAAGUAUUCAAUAAAACUUUUGUUUUUUUCACUUCAUUAUCGGUUAAAUAACUUUCCAGUUACUAAACUAAAAUAAAAUAUAUAUUUUCUCAUUUAAAAUUAUAGUCAAUUUAAAAGAUUUUUAAUUACCCUCAGUAAUCAAGUAUUUUAAAACAAAAAUAAAUAAAAAUUUAAUAAUUAAAACAAUCGAAAGUAAAAGAAAAUAAAAAAAAAAAAAAAUAUUCAAGUGAAAAUGAAUUUUUAGUUAAAAAGUUAUUAUUGUUUGGAUGUAAUAUCAAAAUGAACGAUCCAAAUUUGGAUAGACUUUAUAAUUGUAGUGCACCUAUACUUGAUCAAGACCUUGAAUAUAUUUUACAACUAAAUAAGAGUGAACUUUUAAAUGUGUUAAAUGAAGUAUUUGUACAAUCAACAACACGUGAUAUUUUAAAAACUAAUUUAAGUGAUUGUCUUUCAAGUGGUAAUCCGCGUCCAUUUGAUUUACCAUGGUGGCAAAAACUUUCUUGGUCAGCAGUAUUUGCUGUAAUACUUUUGAUAGCGACAGGUGGAAAUAUCAUUGUCAUGUGGAUUGUUCUUGCACACAGAAGAAUGCGAACAGUUACAAAUUAUCUACUUGUGAAUUUAUCAAUAACUGACUUGAUGAUGACACUGCUCAACUGCGUAUUUAAUUUCAUCUUUAUGCUCAAUUCAAACUGGCCAUUUGGAGUUUUUUAUUGCACCAUCAACAAUUUUGUUUCUCAUGUGACUGUUGCAUCGAGUACAUUUACUCUAGUUGUUAUUGCAUUUGACAGAUACAUGGCCAUAAUGCGACCACUUCAACACCACAUGUCUCGUCGACGGACAAUAGUUGCUUUAAUUUUAAUUUGGUUCACAUCAUCUAUGCUUGCAAUGCCAUGUCUUUUAUAUUCAACCACAAAAACACGAAGAUAUGGAAAUGGAAAAAAAAGAAUUGUUUGUUAUAUGCUGUGGCCUGAUGGUGAUUACCUGGAUAGUAAGAGUGAAUACAUAUAUAAUCUUGUUAUCCUUGGGGUAACAUAUCUCAUACCGAUGACGGUGAUGGCAGUUUGUUAUACACUCAUGGGUAGAAAAUUAUGGGGUUCCAAAUCCAUUGGGGAACAUACACAGCAUCAAAAAGACUCAAUGAAAUCGAAGCGCAAGGUGGUAAAAAUGUUUAUCAUCGUUUUUGUACUUUUUGCUGUUUGCUGGCUACCAUAUCAUGGUUUUUUCAUUUUUCUUCAUCAUUAUCGUAGUGUCAUGGGCAACAGUUAUGUGCAACAUGUUUAUCUCAGUUUUUAUUGGCUUGCAAUGUCAAACGCAAUGGUUAAUCCAAUCAUUUACUACUGGAUGAACACGAGGUUUCGGCUGUAUUUUCAACAAAUAAUAUGCAGAUUUUGUUGCAUGAUACGUCGUCAAGAUACAGUGAGUCGUCAAAUGCACGAAUUGACUGGUUUCCAUCGUUCUGAAAUUGGACGAUCAAAUUCUGGACGUAUGAAAUCAACAUCAAUACGAUGGCGUCACAGUACACCUGACAAUCACAUUCAGUCAUUUCAAAUGAAUACACGAUCAAUAUGUGAAAAACUACAUCAUAAACGUCAGGAUGUUGCUAUUAUUUAA